AUGACAACACUUCAGGUAGCUUCAAGUCUCUUAUGUUCUUCAUCUUCUUCACGAUAUGGAAGAAGGAUUGGAGCUACGCUUCAGGCCCCGAAACUCCGGCCAAGUAGAUUCACGCUCACAACAAGGCUCCCGGCAAGAGACUUAUUAUUGGAGGAAUUGAACAAGAGAAGUGGAUACACCAACAUAACCACAAUCCAAACCCAAACAGAAAGUAAACCAAGUGAUAUAAUUGGGGAAGAUGGGCUUAAAUCCGAUUCCAAGGUGGUCGCCGAGCUUUACUCUGUUAUGGAAGCGGCGGCGGACAGAGCAGAGAUGCAUACCAACGUAGGAGAGCAGCGAAACAACUGGAAUCACCUCUUCCUCACGUCCAUUAAUGCUAUCACCCUCACCGCCGCAACCAUGACGGGCCUUGCAGCUGCGAGUUGUGGAACGGGAGAACCUCUUCUAGCACUCAAGCUCUCGUCCACACUGUUAUAUACAGCAGCGACAGGGAUGUUGGUGGUGAUGAACAAAAUCCAGCCCUCUCAGUUAGCUGAGGAACAACGAAACGCAGCGAGAUUGUUCAAGCAGAUCCAUAGGGAAAUCCAAACAAUUCUUGCAAUUGGGAAUCCCACAGCAAAGGAUGUGAAGGAUGCCAUGGACAAGAUCUUAGCCCUCGACAGGGCCUACCCUCUUCCCUUGCUCGGUACAAUGCUUGACAAAUUCCCAGGGACCGUCGAGCCUGCGACGUGGUGGCCACAACAACGGCGACAGAAAGGAGUCGGUGUGGGAAGCAAUGGAUGGAAUACAAAGCUGGAAGAGGAAAUGAAACAAAUAGUUGAGGUGCUGAAGAAGAAGGACAUGGCAGAGUAUGUAAGGUUGAGCAAGUUGGUAUUGAAGGUUAACAAGACUUUAGCGAUUUCUGGGCCUUUGCUCACAGGGCUUGCGGCGGUGGGGUCUGCUCUUGUGGGAUCAGCUUCUCAAAAUCAAGGUUCAUGGGCAGUGAUUUUAGGAGUCACUGCAGGAGCUCUGGCAACCAUAGUGAACACAAUGGAGCAUGGUGGGCAAGUAGGGAUGGUGUUUGAGAUGUACAGGAGCAGUGCUGGCUUCUUUAAACUCAUGGAGGAGACAAUUGUGUCUACAUUGAAGGAAAGGGAAGUGGAGAAGAGAGAGAAUGGAGAAUUGUUUGAAAUGAAGGUGGCUCUACAACUUGGAAGGAGCUUGUCUGAGCUCAGGAAUCUAGCAUCUUCUUCUUCUUCUUCUUCCAGAAGAUACGAAGAGACCACCGAAGAGUAUGCCAGCAAGCUCUUCUGA